AAGCGACUCUGUGUUUGCACGUCAUUUGAAAUGUAAAGAGUUCACACAUAAAAAGUACAAAGUCAUUUUAGCUUUGCACCAAAAAAUCUAGAUCUUAUUUUAUUACCAAAAUGGAAGUGGAUUCGCAUCUAGUAAACGCACCAGAGGAUAUAAUCAUGAAAGAAAUCAAGAAGAAACAAAUGAAAAAUGGUAGUCCGAGGUUCUCAGACAAUUGGAGAGCAGUUUUAUCAGAACUGGUGUCGACUAUGUCAUUAUUAUUUUUCGGCUGCAUGACUUGUAUACCUAUCGAUGGAUUACCAAUGAACCCACCCCUAUAUGGCACGAUUGGCUUUGGCCUAGUUGUUCUUAUGAACAUUCAGACAUUUGGACAUAUAUCCGGAGCUCACAUGAAUCCAGCGGUGACAUUAGCAGCUGUUAUGUGGGGGAAGAUGUCCCUUUCUCUUGGCACGGCAUAUUUCGUUGCUCAGUGUGCUGGUGCAGUCAUAGGGUAUGGUAUUUUAAUAGAACUAUCUCCAGUAGAUAUGUCAUCUGGUAUUUGCGCCACCCAACCCCAUGCAAAACACACAGUAUACCAAGCUUUGGCCGUUGAAAUACUUCUGACUGUGGCACUAGUGCUCAUUAUUUGCGCAGUGUGGGAUCCCGUCAAUAAGAAUAAGGAUGAAUCUAAUUCUAUCAAGUUGGGUUUGACAAUUGCAGCACUUUCAAUAGCCGGUGGCCCUUUGACUGGAGCUAGCAUGAAUCCAGUACGAUCUCUCGCUCCAGCAUUGUGGACCAAUACUUGGAAUUCCCAUUGGAUAUACUGGGCGGGACCUUUUCUUGGUGCUGCAGUUGCUGUAUUAUUUUAUAAAUAUGUCUGGUUAAGAGUUAAAAGAGUGAAGGAACCGGAAAUACUCACGGACUGGCAGUCGAAAGAUUGAUGAACAAGUUUAGUAAGAAUUUCACUAUCGAAUAACUUACUCUUACAUAAAAAUACAAUAAAAAAAAUAGGCCGAUUAAUUAAGGUUAAGUUAAAUAACAAUAAAAAAGUUGUAAAAGUUUCCGCUGAUUGUUCAUGCAUAUACAUAUGUAUAUCCUUAUAUUAGGAAUUAAAAAACAGAUUUUACCCACCUAACUCAUUGUAUUGUCAAAAGGUGUUCAUAAUAUAAUUAGCUAGUUUUAUUUUGAAUGAGGUAAGUGAUUUUACAUUUUUAUAAGUGAGGGUAUCUUUUGUACAAUUUUGCGCCUUCAAAAGUUAUAAUUUUUUGCGUAAUUAGUUUUAGUUUUUGUCAAAACUAGAAGACUUGCACGACGGCUACGUAUGAUGCGACUAGAUGUUUCUUUCAAUUCUUUAAAGGAUAUGCCAGUAUCAGUAUAUGUAUAGCUUUGUUUUAGGUUUUUUUAAUAUAAAUACAUAUAUUAUAAAUAUAUAAUUGUUUGAUUGUCAUAA